AUGUUACGAUGCGCAAUCCUGAAGCGGGUCUCAAAGGAUUUACAACCAUCAUAUCGAAGGUUCCUCUUGUACCAACAAAGCUUGACCGGGAUUUCUUGUCACCAAAAACGACAAGUGGGCUUCUUACCAAUUGUUUCGAGCCAUGAUCUACCUAAAAAGGAAUCGUCAUGGAAUACUGGAUUUGGCACUGGUAUAGAGCCCAAAAUCACACGCGACUCAAGCCAUGAAAGUUCAACGAAUGCUGUGAGCCAGCAUGAAAUCUAUUCUAGCAAAAACAACAGUCAGUCAACUAUCCCUGAGCCACAAACUCGUGGAAGCACCAAAACAUCUCCCGGUGUUGCUGACGCAGACCCUAAUGGAGGCUUUCCUGCUGAGGCAACCCAAUUUUCAGCGUCACUCGCAGAUGGGACUAUCGUUCAUCUAAAAGACAGCCUUAUCACCCUGUCUCAUUUCAAAGACCUAGUCUUGACGAUAUCGCAGAUCUGGAAGCAACACUCCGAUAAGAUUAUCCCUCAGCUAUUUGUACAGAACGUUGGAAUCUCCAUCCAUAAAGGAAUUCACCAUGAUCGCUAUUUUGGCCAGGAUGCUCUCCACACAACGAUCUAUGAUGCCGGAGUGGGAAGAGGUCCACGCAGAAUCUACUCUUACUUAUGGUCCGUUUCUGCCGAUCGUACACAGUUCUCAUGUCUGCAGCACACUGUUAGAUCCAACGAGAGGUGGGCAGGACGCAAGAGUCUACGGAAAGCGCUGAUGAAGGCUCUGAAGAACUACAUCGGAUCUGUUGACCAGCACGGAUCGUUGGAAUUGCUCUCUUCACCUGUGUCUCAUGCUUGCUGUUCUCGAUUCGAGCAGUACGAAAGGUGUUUCGCUUAUGACACUUCACCCUCAAAUAUAGUGAAACCCAUGUCUAUAAUCCUAGAUGAGCACGCUGUUAUCAGUCCAGUCCCCGACCCUGAUGCAGCGGUGACUCGUGAGGAGUUGUUGUCUCUAGCAGCACCAAUCUGGCAAUGGUGGCGACGUGAGCGACCGUUAGUGCGUGAGAACGUGCAAAAUCAUAUUACCAACAUCCGAAUCAUGUACGUGGCUCGGUCGAAUGGGGUCACACAAGCUAACAUCUGGAAGAUGAGCUUGAUUUCCGACGUCAGCCUCUCCAGGAGUGUUCACCAAAUCUUUGUUUCGAACAUCGAUGGCUCAUUCAAGAGUUCUGUUAUCGAGUCUACCGACGAAUUGGAGAUCCUUCGUCCUGGCACAGAUAAGUUAUUGCGGGACAUUGCUCUAGUGUUUCUGAAGAACAACAUCGGGUGGAUCGACAGUGCAGGAAGUCUGAAAGUGGAAAGGUAUCCAAAGUACAAGUCGUUGGUCGAUAACAUCAAAGGCAGAAAGCCGACUUCUGCGCACCCUCAAGCCUCCCUCUCGCUUGGAAACUCAACGGCACCUGAACCGGAAGCUAGCUCCGAAGGCAAAGGGACGGGUCUUGACGAUAUCUCUGGAGGAGGAGCAGUUGCUGAAUCGAAGUCAGACAAAAGAGAACAAGCGCAGCAUGCUACAAGCGAAGGAAACCAAAGAAGCAGAGAUGAGAAUGCAACACGCGUGAAAAAACGCAACCUGCUUGUGUCCGCAACAUUGCCCGAUGGAACGCUCGUGAUACCCAGCUUCAAACUCUGUCAAGAAAUGGACAAAGGAGUUGGGAAAAGCUUCAGCUUUAUUCUGCAAAUCAUAUCACAGUGGCGAGCGCAAUCUCGUAACGACCUUAAGCACGAGUAUCACAGAAAGGCUUCGCUGGUAUAUGUUUUUCCAAAAGCAUCAGAGAGCUCUUUUAACGUCGAGAUAUUCCGCAAGGAAUCCAAUUGGUUCGAUCAGCCCAUGACCCGCUAUAAGUUAUAUCACGCUCCCUCAGCGGAAGGCUGUUUGUACGUCGAUUUCAAGCCUUUGUCUGGGACUGUUCUCGAUCGACGCAAACUUGGCGCGUGGAAAAAUGUAUUACUGGACAACUUCAGAUUCAGUCUGAGGAAUCACGUUGGAGUAGUGGAUCAAGCUGGUGUU